GCUGAUCCGAUUAAGGUUUUAAUACUUUUUGAAUCUUUUCGACGAGUUUUGAGAUCCGGCACCACCAGCAAUGGUCUGUUGAAUUCAUAUACAGAUAGUCUGUCGAGCCAUUGCAGUACUUACUUGCCUAGUGAAGAUAAAAGAUCUGAUGCGCUUCGUACUUGAUUUGGCGUGAUCCUUACAAUCUAUCAUCUGAUUUGAGUUUGUCGCGUCGUUACACACCUUUCAGGAGAAAGCAGUGCAAGGAUGGCCCUGGAUGCGCCACCGAACCCGGCGGUAAAAACAGCCUCUCCGUCAUCUCCGCCACCGCCGAGAGUUCUGCUCUUUGACCUUGACGAAACGCUUUGGGAUUGCAUGAAAACCAUUCGCAACGCGGCGACGAAAACGCAGGAGCAGUUUCCUUUUUUGCAGAACUUCGAAACCGGGAUAAAACCGCUAAUCGAAGAGUUUCCGGAGAAGUCUUUCGACUACACCUUCCUGCGGAAAACGUACCUCGAAAGGGAAAACCCAGAAGGAACCAGCAAAGCCGUCGUGGACGAGCAGUUUGAUUAUUGGCAUAAGUGGCGAAACACCCCCUUUUUCUUCGACAACGUGGUGCCGCAGUUGCGAAAAUUACAGAAAAUGAAAGAGAAGAGGAGAGAAGCGAGAAAUUAUCCGCUCAUCAUUGGCGCAGUGACGGACGGCAACGCGGAUGUUUUUCAAGUAGAGGAGGUAAAGGACCUGUUUGACUUUUCCGUCUGCGCUAUCGAGGUCGGGGCCUGCAAGCCGAGCGAAAAAAUGUUCCAGAAGGCGCUGGAAAAAGCGAGGAAUUGUUUGGAGAAGCAGGUUGGUACCGGAAUUGCGAUUGCCGAAGCAGACCGACAGCAGGAGGCACAAGGGAUAAUACCCGUGCUGCAAAAAGACGAUGAAAUCCCUGUUCUUCAUCCAGCGGACUGUCUGAUGAUAGGAGAUGACUUUGCGAAGGACAUUGUAGGCGCAAAACAGAAUGGCAUGCAAGCGUGCUGGAUCAGGAAUGCUGAGAAAAGGGCUGGUACCGACAUGCUGGAAAUCACUCCCGAAUACGAAUUCGAGACUGUCGUUGAGCUGAUAGAAAAGAUACUUUUAGUUCUUGAUCGUGAUUAAAAACAUUUUCUCUCCACCCAGCGCAGUGUUGAUCGAAAAU